AUGUUUAUGAAAUUCAUAUAUGCUUGGUCCAUAUACAUUUUGAUAUACACUAAAUGUAACUCUUAUAUUCUCAGAAAAAAAUAUUUGGAUAAUUUAUUUUUUGUUAAUUAUGACACAAUUCCCUUAUACGAUUAUAAUAGGAGGUGUGUUAUAUAUGACAAAGCUAAUAAAAGAUGGAAAUUGAGAAACCAGAGAAUAUAUAAAAAAGAACAAAAUGAUGAAAGAGAAAAAGGAAAUGUUAAUAGGUUUACAAGGUGUUAUCUCCUAAACAAUAAUGAAUUUAGACAAUAUGAUAAAAAAUUAAAGAAGAGAAGAAAAGAGAAAGAACCAAUUCUUUAUAGUAAGUUUGAUAAGAUGUUCAAAGAAUCAUUUAAUGAAGAUGAUAAAUUAAAGAAAAGCGAAUUAAUAUCCAUCUUAGCUUGUAUAUGUACAAAUAUUGUAAUAGAAUUUUUAAAAUUAAAAGAAGAAAAGAAAACUGAAGAUUUCACUUAUACUUUUGAUUAUAGUGUUAUGAAUGUUUUAAAAAUGGUAAAUUUUGAAUAUGACGUAAAUGAAGAAUUAAAAAAACAAAAAAAAAAAAAAAAAAUGAAUAAAACAUAUACAUCAUUAUAUGGAGAAAUUAAAGGAGGAGGUAAUAAAAAAAUUGAUGAUUAUAAUGACAACAUACAUAUGAAAAAAAAUGAGGAUCCAACAAUUAAUAAUUCUUUAUUUAAUGAAGAAAGGAUAGCUGCAAAUGAUAAAAUAGAAAUGUUUGAAGAAACGAAAGAAAUAAAUAUUGAUAUUAAUAAUAAAAACACAAAAGAAGAAAAUGAAUUAUUAGAUAUGUAUAUUCAAAAACUCGAAUUUAAUACCUUAGAAAUGAAUGAAAUUAAAAUAUAUAUUGAUUUAUUUUUUGGAAAAAAUACAUAUGAAAAAGUUUUUGUAAAAAAUAAUAUAAAUAUUAAUAAAAUAUUUGAUGUGUUGCAUACAGCUUUAUUUGAUAAGACACAAGAAAGAGAUAAUGUCAUGCAACUACAACAAUUUGUUGAUGAUCAAGAAAAGAAAUUAAAUGAAAAAAAAAUUAAUGUUAGAAAUAUGAAUACAUUUAAUGAUUAUUUGGAUAAAUAUGUGUCGUUAGAAGAGGAGAAAAAUAUUAAUGAUCUUGAUAAUAUUUUGUAUGAUGAUGAAAAGUAUGAGUCGGAGCAAGAGAUGACGAGCGAAAAGAAGUUUAUGCGUAAAAAAAAAAAAAAGGGAACAAAAGCAUUAGAUAGGGUCAACAUGGAUAUUGACAAUGAUGGUGAUGAUAAUAAUAAUAAUGGUGAUGAUAAUAAUAAUAAUGGUGAUGAUAAUAAUAAUAAUGGUGAUGAUAAUAAUAAUAAUGGUGAAGAUAAUGACAAUGAUGGUGAUGAUAAUAAUAAUAAUGGUGAAGAUAAUGACAAUGAUGGUGAUUAUUAUAACAAUAAUGGUGAUGAUAAUGAAAAUAAUGUUAAUAAUAAUAAUAAUAAUUAUAAUAAUAUUGAUAAGGAUGACACCAAUAAUAGUAAUAGUAAUAAACAUAGGAAGCAUGCUAAUUAUUACAAUGAUCAUUCUAAUGAUCAGCAUAAUAAGGAUAAUAACAAUCCAAAUAAUCAUAAUAUGAAUCGAAAGACACAACAGAAUAAUAAUCACGAGGAAGAGAACAGUUAUAUUAAUAAAAUUCAUGUGAAGAAUAUAGAGGAAGAUAGAAACUUUUCCAAAAAUAAUGAAGAUAAAAAAAAAAAUCAUGAACAAGAAAAAAAAUUUUUAAGUGGUCUUUCCUAUGGCCUAAUUAAAGGUUGUAAUAUACAAAUGGAAAAUAAGGAAGAAAAAAUGAAUGAAGAAAAAAUGAAUGAAGAAAAAAUGUAUGAAGAAAAAAUGAAUGAAGAAAAAAUGAAUGAAGAAAAAAAUGAGUGUUGUACUACACAUGAUGAUGAUAAAAAAAUUGAAUCUUGUCAUGAUAAUCAAAAUCAUAUUAUAUUAUUAAAUUUUAUUUAUGAUAAUAAAUACAACAUAGAAUUUCGUACAGAUGUUGGAGUUGUAGCAUAUGAUUUAUUGAAGAACGAAUUUGUAGAGGAUAAUAUUGAAGAAUGCCUUAUUAAAGAUAUCAAGUUAAAUCAUGUAUUUAAUAAAGAUAUUAUAAGUAUAUUUGAAAAUAUUAUAAAAAAAAAUAUAAAUUUAAAUGUAAUAUCUUGUUUACCAUAUAAAAAACGAUUUUAUGAAAAACAAAAAUUAAUUAAAGAUAUUAAUAACAAAAUAAAUUUCCAUAAUUUGAAUGAUGAAAUGCUACAUAUGUUAUUAUAUAUUUAUUUUAUCAUAUGGGGAGAUGACUUGCAUUUUUAUGAAUUAAAAAAGGUUCAUAUAGAACAUAUAAAAAAAGAAGAUAUAAAUAAAUCAAUGAAUACAAAUAAUUAUGUAGAUAAUCAAAAUGAAAAUAUAUUAUGUGCACAUAAUUUCUUUGUAAAUUUAAACUAUAAUCAUAAUGACGAUAUAAUAAUAGAUAGUGAUACAUAUAAUAAUAAUUUGUCCAAACAUAAAAAUAAUCUAUUUGAUUCUACAUUCUUUGAGAAUGAUUAUAUAUCAUUAAAUUUAAAAAUAUUUAUUAAUAAUAGAAAAGAAAUAAAUAAUUAUGAUGAACUAAAAAAUGUUUUUAAUAUAUAUAAAUGUAAUCUUAGUGAAUAUAUACAAAAUUUUUUAAAGAACAUAAAUGAAAAAGACCUUAAUUUUGUAACUCCAGAAUAUUUUAUAAAAAAUUAUAUAUAUAACACAAAUGAUGAAUUUAUAAAUAUAACAGAAAUUUUAUAUAAAUGUAAAGUACAAAAGAAAUAUAUCUCAUUAUAUCCAGAACAAAAUAAUAGUAUGGAAAAAAAUAAAAAAACACAUUUUAAAUUAUAUUAUUCAUGUCCAACAUCGGCUCCUUUGGUUAAUACAAAAAUAAAAAUAUUACAAAAUAAAUAUGGAUUUAUAAAAAAUUUUAAAUCAAAUCUAUUUAAAAUAAACAAAAAUAAUAAUAAUAAUAAUAAUAAUAAUAAUAUUAUUAAAUAUUAUCAUGAUUGUAAUUAUAAUAAUUCAGAGACCCCGGUUGGAAGAUAUUCAUUUUUUUUAUAUGCUAAAAACAAAAAAAAAUAUGAAACUAUAAAUAAAAAGGAGAAAUCCAAAUAUUAUCAAACUAUUAAUGGAAAUAAUAAUAUAUCUACUACUUAUGAUUUUGUAUCAAAUGAGGAAUUUGACGAAGAAAUCGAAAAUUUUGAACACAUAGAUAAUAUAUUAGGACAUCAUAAUUAUGAUAAUUUUAAUGAAGAAGAAAUAGAAAACACAAAUACAAAACAGGAUCCUUCAAAUCAAAUUAAUCACUAUGAAAAGAGUAAAAUGAAUAAACCUAAUGGUUCUACAAAUAAUAACAAUUUAACAUCUGAAAGAACAAAAAGUAGUAAUAAUCCUUAUUUGCAAAAAAUGCUCGAGAAACAAAAGUAUAUGAAUAAUAUUUUAAGUUUGACAAAUAUGAAUAAUAAUAUAAAACAAAAUGUUCAUGUAUUAAGUUAUGAAGAUGCAUAUAGUAAUAUAAAAAAUGAUUUGAAAAAUAAAUCGAAGGAUAAAAAAAAAAAAAAAAGGAACCAAAAUGAUGAUGAUGAUAAUGAUGAUGAUAAUGAUAAUGAUGAUGAUGAUGAUGAUAAUAAUAAUUAUUAUCAUAAUAAUAAUAUGGAUGAACAAAAUAAUCUUCUUGAACAAAUUGAUGAGGAAAAAAUUGAGAAACAAUUAACAACGUUACUACAAAAUAAAGAUAAUUAUGAUAUAAUAAAAGAGAAUGAAGAAAAAAAAAAUAAGGAAUUAGAAAAAUUGAAUAAUGAAAAAGAAAAAAUUAGCACAUUUUUUAAAAAUAUGAAUGUUGAAAUAAAAUUAAACAAAAAUGUUUGUGUAGGAUGUGGUGCUAUAUUUCAAUCAAAGGAUAUGAAUAAAUUUGGAUUUUUAAAAAACGAUAUAUAUGAAAAAAUCAUAAAUAAAGAUGAGGAUUUAGAUAAAAAAAAUAUAUUAAGUGAAAUUUAUGAAGAAAAAAAAACAAAUACUAAUAUAUCAGAUAUUAAUAUAAUAUUUAAAAAUGAUACUAUAAAUGAAUUAAAUAAAUUAAAAGAAAUAAAUGUUAAAAAGAUGUCUGAAGAUGAUAAUAAGAAGAUACAGUAUGAUGAGGAUCAAAAUGAAAAUCAUAAUGUUAAUAAUAAUAAUAAUAAUAAUAUUGAUAAUGAUAAUGAUUUUUUAAAAGUUCAAAAUAAUAUAAAUACAAAUGAGAAGGAUGAAGAUAUUAUGGAUCAAAAACAAUAUAUAUGUAAACGGUGUUUUGAUUUAAAACAUAAAAAUAAAAUAACUAAUAAUUUAAUUAUUAAUUAUACUAAUAAUAAUGAAAUAAAUGUACAAGAUUUUGAAAAGUAUGUUAUAAAUAUAUUUAAAAAGAAAUGUUUUAUUAUAUAUAUUGUUGAUGUCUUAGAUUUGUAUGUUUAUUCAAAUUUGAAAAAAUUAUUUAAUCUUUAUAAAAAGUUACAUAAUGAUAAAAGUAAAUUGGAAGGUUUUUAUUUUUGUGUAAAUAAAAUUGAUUUGUUAUCAAAUUAUAAAGAAUUUACAGUGAAAAAUUAUAUUUAUAAUUUUUUAAAAAGUAAUAAAAUCAAUGUAUUAUUUAAAAAUAUUUUCCUUGUGAGUGCAAAAACGGGAUAUAAUGUAAAAAAAUUAAUUUAUACUGUUUUUAUGAGGAGCAAAAAUAUACUUCGAAAUACUAAAAAAAAAAAUAAACAAAAUUUGGAUGAUCAAGAAGAAGAUACAGAAGAGGAUGAAGAUAUGGAUUCAUUACAAUGUGGAAAUGAUAAACAAGAAAAAAAAAAAAAAAAAAAAAAAAAAAGUAAAACAUUUCUUUUGGAAAAUUUGUUAAAUAUUAAUUCUAAUAAUGAUGAUAUAAAAUGUGAUGAUAAAAAUAAUCAUACUAAUAAUAAAAUAGAUGAUUUUAAUGAUCAUGAUUUAAUUAGAUAUAGAAAAGAGCUAUUCUCAAAUGAUAAUAAAAAUAAUUUUUUAAAUGAACAACUGGAUGAGAAUAAUUAUAAUGAUAAUGAUUCCAAAAAUUAUUAUUCAAAAAAUGUAAAUAUUUAUAUUGUUGGAAAUGCAAAUAGUGGUAAAUCUUCAUUAAUAAAUUAUUUACUUAAAAACAUUAAGAAUAAAGAAAAGAAAAAUUUUUUAAUUAGUCAUAGUAUAAUACCAGGUACAACAUUAAAAAACAUUAAAAUAAAAUUAAAUAAAAAUAUAACAAUUAAUGAUACACCAGGAAUUAUAUCUAAUAAUUCAAUUUUAUCAUAUUUAAAUUUUGAAGAAUUAAAAUAUGUUGUAUGUAAUAAAUUAAAAAAUAAAAUCACAUCUAUAUAUAUCAAUGAAAAUGAUUAUAUUUUUAUUGGAGGUCUUCUAUAUAUUCAUAUAUUAAAUAUUAAAAAAUAUUAUUCAAUUAUGUCUUUUUUUUUAUCUGAAAAAAUACCAAUAAUUAAAAGAAAAAAUUUCUCAAAAGAUCCAUCUAUGUUUAUCAAACAAAAAAUAAAAACUGGCUUUCUUUAUCCACCAUUUACAGAACAAAGAUUUGAUGAGAUUAAUAACUUUAAAAAAUAUUAUUUUAAUAUAAAUAAUCAAGCUGUAGAUAUUAAAAAUAGUAGUUAUGACAUACAUAUUCAAGGAAUGGGAUAUAUUACUUUUUAUUCUUUUGAAAAUAUCGAAUUCAAUUUGUAUACUUUAAAAAAUGUUGAUGUUAUGUCAAGACCGUCUAUAAUGCCCUAUCAUAAAAAAUUCGGUAAAUUGAAUUUUACAAAAAAAUUGAAAUGA